AUGGCGGAGUCAAGAUCCGCAAAAGCGACAGGUCAAAUUGAUCUUGUUCUUGUUGAAGGCUUGACUGUUUUAAAGAUUAUCAAGCAUUGCGAAGAAGAAGGAUCUAAUGGGGACCUUGUCCAAGGAGUGUUGCUUGGCUUGAUCCAAGAUAAUCGCCUGGAAAUCACCAACUGCUUUCCAUUUCCCUCCUCAAAACCAGGAGAAGAUKAAGAUGAAGAUGAAGUGAGCUACCAAAUGGAAAUGAUGAGACGUCUAAGGGCAGUCAACAUUGACCAUUUACAUGUUGGUUGGUACCAAAGUACAUAUUUAGGAUCUUAUAUCAAUAAGACACUCUUAGAUUCACAGUAUAGCUACCAGAAAUCCAUAGAGGAGUCAGUUGUUCUUAUUUACGAUCCACUCCGCACCUCCCAAGGAAUGUUAACUCUAAAAGCAUUCCGAUUGUCCAAUGAAAUGAUGAAGAUUUACAAAGAAGGAGAAUUUACACCUGAUAAGUUAUCAAAGCAAGGUGUUAGUUACUCUUCCAUGUUUGAAGAAAUCCCACUUGUAGUGAAGAACUCAAGCUUAGUCAAUGUACUUUUGUCUGAAAUCAAAGAUGACUCACAGUCACAGCAGUCUCACUCCAACCAGUUCUUAUCAUUAUCCACUGGGUCUUACCUUGAGAAAAAUGUACGGUUGUUAAUGGAAGGAGUAGAUGAACUUUGUCAAGAUGCGAAUAAGUUUCACAACUAUCAACGCAGCGUGUCACGCCAACAACAACAGAAAGAUAAUUAUAUUCAAAGAAGGCAACAAGAAAAUACAGCUAGACAGUCCCGUGGAGAACCACCAUUGCCAGAUGAAGAUUUAAACAAAAUAUUUAAACCACUUCCUGUUCCGUCGCGUCUUGACAACCUAAUUCUCUCACAGCAAGUGAACAACUACUGCCAACAUGUCAAUCAGUUUUCAACUCAAAGUUUUGGGAAGUUGUUCCUUGCACAGAGUUUACAAGAAGAACAAAAGUUAUGAAACUUUUACCACUGUAAUGGCAUGUAGACAAGCUAACGAUGUUUUCCAAUGAACAAUAUUUUAGUAUUGCUAGAAAUGAUUCAAUUGUAUUUGGUUUAAUUUCAUUUGAAGGAAAUACUGUAUUACUGUAUUGAUAAUACUGUUACUGUAUUUAUAAAUGUACUCCUGAUAUAUUCUUUUGUAUCAAAAAGACUUAGUGAUGACAUUUUCUGGAGUAAUACUUAUGCCAUGUUAAUUGGAAAGUAUUGUUAUUGUGUAACCUCCCUUGUAGGCAACUUUACUCCAAGGGACUGCUGUGUUAUUCCUUAUCUCUUGACACCAGGUCUUCUCAGUCAAGGUUAUUAACACAGGAAGACCAAAAGACAAAAAGUAUGUUUCCACUGUAGUAUAGUAGCCUGUGAAGGAUGCUAGUUAUUGUGCUUGUAAAAUUAAAUGUAUGAAAUGAAAUAAAGUCAACUGAUGCCAGUCA